UUCUGGGCCUAACUAGUAUGAGGCCGCACGUGCGGAAGCCGCAAUCCCCAUUGAAGCCGGCAAUCCUCGCCGCCGUCGCCGCCCCCGUCGACGGCGAUAGCCUCGCCGCCGCCGCCGCCCCCAUCGCCGGCGAAUCUUCCAGUGGUUUGUUGGCAAUGCCGGUGGACGGUGCCAUGGCGAUGCCGGGCUGCCCGGACAAGUGCGGCAAUGUGGCUAUCCCCUACCCUUUUGGCAUUGGAGAAAACUGCUCUGCGACCAACCUAAACAGCUACUUCAACCUCAUGUGCAAUGACACCUUUCAUCCACCAAGGCCACAAAUCCGGGAACCGGAAGCACACAUCGAGGUCACCGGCAUCUCACUGGAGCGAGGCGAGAUGCGUGUGCUCAGCCCUGUCAACCACAUCUGCUUCACGUCGAACACCACAUCCACCAAGUCCAGUGGUGUCGGGUAUGACCUGAGCAGAACUCCCUUCCUCCCAUCGCCGUCGCGCAACCGCUUCACGGUCAUCGGUUGCAACACCCUGGGGCUCAUCACUGGCUACAGGGGUGCCUCGGGACAAUACGUGACUGGGUGCUACUCCUACUGUGAGGGUAUCAACAGCACCUCUGAUGGGGCACCGUGUGCCGGGAUGGGGUGCUGUGAGGCUUCCAUACCUGCCAACCUCACUGCCUUCGCCGUGACAUUUGAUCUGAACCACAGCAAGGUGUGGACCUUCAACCCUUGCUUCUACUCUGUCGUCGCCGAGGUCGGGUGGUACAAUUUCAAGAAGCAGGAUCUUGUUGGUCACCUCGGAUUCAUCAAGGAAAGAGCCCAGAAUGGUGUUCCUAUUGUCGCUGACUGGGCCAUUAGGAAUGGCUCAUGCCCAAAGAAGGGGGAAAAAGAACCUAGCAGCUAUGCCUGCGUUAGUGCAAACAGCUAUUGCACGGCCGUGAUAAAUAGUCCAGGGUAUUUGUGCAACUGCUCACAAGGAUAUGGGGGAAAUCCUUAUCUUUCAGAUGGCUGCCAAGACAUAGAUGAGUGUGAGAUGCGUAAGCUGGACCCCAAGUAUGAAGAAUUAUAUCCAUGCAGAAAAGGGGUCUGUCAGAACACACCAGGAAGCUACAUAUGCAAAUGCAAGAAAGGAAAAAAGUCUGAUGGUACAGGUUAUGGAUGCCAACCUGCGGAUUCUCCAGACUAUAGAAUGGUUGUAGGUUUAAGUGUUUCUGCCAUUGUGGUAACCGCUAUGGCAUGCAUGUUGAUUAUGCAAUUACAAAGGAGAAGGCACAAGAAAGAGAAAAUUGAAUAUUUCAAACAAAAUGGAGGACUCAGGUUGUAUGAUGAGAUGAUAUCAAGGCAGGUUGACACAAUCCGUAUACUUACAGAAAGAGAGAUAAAGAGAGCCACUGAAAACUACAACGAAGAUCGAGUUCUUGGAUCUGGUGGCCAUGGAAUGGUCUACAGAGGAACUCUGGAUGACAACAAAGAGGUUGCCAUAAAGAAGUCCAGAGUAAUCAAUGAUGAUUGCAGGGAAGAAUUUGUCAACGAGAUAAUAAUUUUGUCUCAAAUCAAUCACAGGAACAUUGUGAGGUUACUAGGCUGUUGCUUGGAUGUGGAUGUCCCGAUGUUGGUGUAUGAGUUUGCGCACAAUGGGACCUUAUCUGAGUUCCUUCAUGGUACUGACCACAGAUCACCAAUCCCCUUGGAUCUACGCCUGAAGAUUGCCACUCAAGCAGCAGAAGCUUUAGCUUACUUACAUUCAUCAACAUCUCGCACAAUCCUGCACGGGGAUGUAAAAUCAGCCAAUAUCCUGAUGGACGAUCAGUACAAUGCAAAGGUUGCAGACUUUGGAGCUUCAACCCUCAAGUCCAUGGAUGAAAGCGAGUUCAUCUUGUUCGUCCAAGGGACGAUGGGCUACCUUGACCCCGAGAGCUUUACCAGCCAUCAGCUGACCGAGAGGAGCGAUGUCUACAGCUUCGGUGUGGUUCUUCUGGAGCUCUUGACAAGAAAGAAAGCCUUAUACACCAAUGAUUUCAACAAGAAUGAAUCUCUGUCGUACAGAUUUCUGUCGAUGUUUCGGCAGAACAAACACCAAGCCAUGCUAGACCCUGAAAUUGUGGAUGGCUCCAAUGUGGUGGCGAUCGAGAAGCUUACCAAAGUCGUUGUGCAAUGCAUGAGCCCGAGAGGAGAUGACCGGCCAACGAUGAAGGAAGUCGCAGAGAGACUACAGAUGCUGAGGAAGCUCCAGAUGCAGGCAACCUGUGAUGGCGAAAACGAUCGUGAUGUCCAUGACAAUUUUGGAGGAUCGCCGUCAGUGAUCCUUCAUUUUGAUGAGAUGACAGAUAGCAGCAUAGAAACGUCUAACCUUAUUCUGAGCGAAUGACAGUACAUCUUGCAACAUGCUGCAACUUCACUUGAAUUUGUCUGUGUAAUGAGGUAGUAGGAUGUAGUUCUGUUGAUGUUAUAGUCAUUCUUUCCAUUUUAUUGAAAUUGAAGUGUUUUAGAGCAUACAGUUUCAGCCAUUCGGCUUGUGUUGUACUAACCAUUUGUUUCUGUCAAUCUAAUUUCUUCGAGAGGCAGUCGUGCUAAUUCUUUUGCUUUCUUCA